CCCAAGCAGCGCAGCAGACGCAAAAAGGCGGAUGUGGAGGAAGAGGAUUCUUCGAAGCGACGAUGCGUGAGUACCGCAUGUAUCGCAUGCCGAAAGCGCAAAAGCAAAUGCGAUGGCAGCACUCCCGCAUGUGCUGCUUGCAGUCAAGUCUACGCAACCGAAUGCAUCUACGAUCCGAACUCUGAUCACCGCCGGAAGGGUGUAUACAAGAAUGACAUGGACAAUCUAAAGACUCGGAACUCAACUCUACAAACACUGAUUCAGGCCAUUCUGAACUAUCCAGACGACCAUGUACCUGCGUUGGUUCGAGAGAUCAGAACGUGCGAAAGCCUGGAUGCGGUCGCAGAAAAGAUAGCAGCAAAGGCAGCUGGGCUCGAACAAGAACAAGAGGAAGAAGAUGCACUGGGAGCCGCAGAGGACAACACAGGCACGAGGUCGACGUUUGAAUCGCAUCUGUAUGGGAAGAUGGGAGACUUGAGGCUGGAUGAGGGAUCUGUCCGAUACAUUGGAGGCACAUCGAACCUAAUCCAUCUGGCAUCUGAAGAGAAUGAAGCUUCAGACGUGGACGAGUACCUUCAGCAGGAGAAUCCGAUCACAUCUUGGACAAGUGUUACCAACGACCCGGAUCUGGUCCUUCAUCUCGUCAACAUGUACUUCACCUGGCACUAUACCUUCUUUACCUGUUUAUCGAAACAACUGUUCCUUCGGGAUUUCUCACUCGGUCGACCGCCCGCGAGCAGCAGACGGAAGACACACUAUUGCACGCCUUUACUGGUCAAUGCUAUAUUGUCACUUGGUUGCCAUUUCACAUCCCACGCUGGCGCCCGCGAAAAUCCAGACAACUCUGCGACCGCGGGCGACCAUUUCUUUAAAGAAGCAAAACGGCUGAUCAUGGAGAACGACGAGCACGAAAAGCCGCGACUGACUACGGUGCAGGCUUUGGCACUGAUGUCUGUAAGGGAAGCUGGGUGCGGACGAGAAGGCCGUGGCUGGGUGUAUAGCGGAAUGUCUUUCCGAAUGGCGUGCGAUAUGGGUCUGAAUCUUGACUCGGGACAAUUGACGACCAAUCGUUGUGUCAGUGGCGACGAGAAUGAGGAAGACGUCAGAAGAGUAACAUUUUGGGGAUGCUAUCUCUUCGAUAAGUGCUGGUCAAACUAUCUCGGUCGCUUGCCUCAGCUGCCUUCGUCACUGGUUACAGUGUCCAAGUAUGAGGUAUUCCCGGAUGAGGACUCCGCGCAAUGGAGCCCUUAUACAGACUCUGGUUUCACGCAAGCGCACGCGCAACCCUCGCGAACGAGAGCAGUCGCGCUACAGAUAUCGAAGUUGUGCGAAAUUAGCAACGACCUUAUGAAGCACUUCUACAACCCAACCGAUAUGGACAAGACGAAAGGCAAAGCAGCAGAGCUCAAGAAGCUAUCUGACAUUCAUACAAGACUUGAAGCAUGGCGACGAGAUCUACCAAAAGAGCUCGAGCCAAAGGAGGGAGGACUCUCAAGUGUGCUUAUCAUGCACAUGUAUUUCCAGCUCCUUUUCAUUCACCUCUUCCGACCCUUCCUGAAAUACACCCAAGCAACAUCGCCACUUCCGCAGAACGUGAGCCCACGCAAGCUUUGCACACAAGCCGCGGCCAUGAUCUCGAAGCUCAUGCGGCUUUACAAACGAUCGCAUGGUCUUAGGCAGAUACCCAACGUCGCCGUCUAUAUCGCCCACUCUGCUUGCACGAUUCACCUCCUCAAUUUACCUGAUAAGAACGCCACGAGAGACAUCGUUCAUGGAGUCAAACAUUUGGAGGAGAUCGCCGAAGGUUGGCUCUGUGCAAGACGGACACUGGCAAUUAUCAGCCUCCUGGUGAAAAAGUGGAACGUUGAGCUGCCAGAUGAAGCAGCUUCAGUGCUUACCAGGACAGACGCCAAAUUCGGCACAGUGCUAGGUGAGAUACAAUCGCCUCGAAGCCAGACAAGUCAUCCGCGGGGAAUGUCCGAAGCAAUAAUGCAACCACAACCUAUACCUCAACAGCAGCAGCAGCAGCCAUGGCAGGCGAACACGCAAGGUCUUCAGCCGAAUAACUAUUUCACCGAAGCAUCGGCCAGGACCUUGAUGAUAUCUGCCAGCUCGAGCGCCGCGAUAACCACCAACACUGCAAACUAUCAGCCGCCUCCGCGGGAUGCCCACGGCCUCAGGGCUCAGCAGUAUCCUUCCGCAGCCAACACUCCUGCAACGCAACCACGACAAAGCUGGGCAUCGACCGGUGGGGCUACCACUCGACAAGAUGCCAGUCCGAGCGACAUGUUUGGCGGUGUAGAGCAGCUCAUUCGUGAUAGUCAAGAGUGGGCUUAUAGAGAUCAAGCGCAACUCGCGACUGGGUUCGACAACUGGAAUCAGAUUGACAUGGAU